AUGGCAUUUCAAAUGUCAACUCUGUCUUCGCGUAUCAGAGCCAUAGGUCCAUUUUCCCGCUGUCGUAGAGGUGACUUUCAUACUAGUGAUAUCGGUGUGUGCUCCAAAUUUAGAAACAUUUUUGGUGUUGCAAAUCGUCAGGUUUAUUCGCUGGUGCGAAGUGGGCAGAGUUCGGCGAACUCCAGCCCUGCAAAGUGCAAGGCCAUUCUGAACCCAGGGGAUAUUCAUUUUGCAAUCCGCGUGGAGAAGUUUUCAACAACUACAGCUGCCGCGAAGUCGUUUGAUUCGUUUCAGGGGCAAAACAAGGCCUCGCCCUCCGGGGGAAAGUACGGUUCGUUGUAUCGGAUCGCCCUCGCCGCGCUUGGGGUGACCACCGCGGUCGUGUCCCUGCACUUUAGUGCCCAUCUCGCCAUGGCAACGGGAUUGGAGCGGCUAAACCUUGACUCAGCCAAAGGCGACUGGAACGAGGUGAAGGCUGCCUUGCUCCAUAUGAGUCAGGAGGAGAGAAGGAAGCACUACAGAACUACCUACCUGUCCCUGGAGGUGGUGCCUGUGUGGACCGCCAAGUCACUCACAGUGGACAGAGGUGAUUCAGUCAAGGCGACCAAAUUCAAGAGGAACGAAGCUCUGGACAAGAAGAUCUCGCUGUUCAGUGGCGACAUCACCAAACUGGAGAUUGAUGGGAUCGUCAAUGCAGCCAACAAGACUCUGCUGGGGGGAGGAGGAGUGGAUGGUGCAAUCCACCGCACGGCCGGCCCCCUCCUGAGGUCUGAAUGUGCUGAGCUUCAAGGGUGUGAGACAGGAGAGGCUAAGAUUACAGGGGGCUACGGCCUGCCUGCCAAGUAUGUGAUCCACACAGUGGGGCCCAUAGCGAUGGGGAAAGUGGGGGAGGAGGAGAGGAGCCGUCUCAGGGACUGCUACCAUCACAGCCUGCAGAAGGCCACCGAUACCAAGCUACGCACUGUGGCGUUCCCUUGCAUCUCCACUGGAAUCUACGGAUACCCACCUGAGCAGGCUGUGCACGUCGCGUUGGAGACUGUCAGGAAGUACCUGGAUGAACACCAUGAGAAGCUGGACAGAGUGAUCUUCUGUGUGUUCCUGCCCACUGAUAAGGAGUUGUACCUGAAGAACCUCCCUCUCUACUUCCCUUCCGCCUGCUGAUCAGAGCGCCCUGUUCGAACACAAGCUCACCUGUGAAGAGUAAACUCUGAAAAAGUGACAUGUGGAGUUGUGCAAUAAUGCGGCUCACCACAUGCAAUAUCCUCAUCUUCCUCCUCUUCCUUUCCCCCCACCGGCUCUGCACUAGAGAAGACCUGGGUACAUAUCUUAACACUGGAUGAAUGUCUAGAACUGAAUAAACUGCUUUAUUAUCAAUGAA